UAUCUUAUUUGCCUAUCAAUUUAUAUUCAAUAUUUUAUUAUAGAUUGAAACACAAAAGUAAUAGCUGAUUAUCCACAAAAAGGUAGGUAGGUGGAAGCAGUCUAUUACCUUGUCAAAGAAGGAUAACCUCUAUAUGGAUGCCAUGGAGACAGCCUCACAAUCUGGUGAUCAUGAACUUGCGGAGGAGUUGCUCGUUCAUUUAAUUGAUCAGCUUUCCGAGGCAAAGAAACGAGAACGGGCCUUUACGAAUAGGGAAUGCUGGAAUCAGUUGCACUUAAUGGGAAAAGCCAAGAAUUUGCUUCAAUAUAUGUUCAACUUGGUCAUGCUAGGUGCUUUAUUUGACGUCAAUAGUUUUUUCUCUGCUAUCAGAAGAUUAAUGACUUUUAUUAGAAAAUAGUUAUGUAGGAUAUAAUAUUUUAGUUUUUCAUAGUUUAUUAGUAAUAAAUUCUAAGUGGUCUAAUGUAUAUUUUGAUAUGGACAUGCUUAAUUUAGUGUGAGAUGUAUGAAUAUUCAAUUAUGAUCAUUCCAAUAUUUUUAGUUCA